CACAAUCCGCCGAGUGAAACUUUCCCCCACUCGUCCUAAACCCUAACCCCGAAACCUCGGAUCGAUCAGACACAGCUCCGCCGCAGCAAUGGCCGCCAUCUUCUCUGCCUCCGGCCGCCGCCUGCUCUCAAACGCCGCUGCUUCUGCCGAGUUCCCCGUCCCGAUGGCCCGCAUCCGCAGCCUCGCCCGCGCGGGCCGCCUCGCCGACAUCGACGCCGCCGUCGCGCCGCUCGUAGCGACCAACACGAAAGCCGUGAUCUCCGCCCUCUCCGUGGUCGGCCUCUCCGACCGGGCCUCGUCCAUCCUCUCCACCAUCCCGUCGCCCACCGCCGAGCAUCUCAACGCCCUCCUGGGCCCGCUCCUCCGCCGCCGCCGCCUCGCCGAGCUCGUGCCUGCUCUGCUGGACGCACACCCCUCCGCGCCGCGCGACGCCUUUACGUGGUCCAUCCUCGCCAAGUCCCUCUGCAUCACCAAAGGUGCUGACCACGCGGUGUACCUCCUCCACGGGGAGGAGCCACCUUCCCUCCACCUCUACACGGCCAUCAUCGACUCCUACUACAAGCAAAAGAAGCCCCACCGCGCCGAGGAGAUGUGGCGCGAGAUGGUUGAAGAACGCGGCAUCGCGCCCGACGCUGCCGCUUACAACGUCAGGAUCACCUACAAGUCGGCAACCGGCACGGUGGAAGAGGUGGAGGAGCUUAUCCGAGCCAUGGGCGAGGAGUCGGGGCUGCGGCCGGAUGUCGUCUCCUACAAUGGGCUGAUCCGGGUGUUGGGGCGGCACAAGAGGGUGGACGAGGCCAUGGAGGUAUACAGGAGCUUGCAGGAGAAGGGGGCGGAGGGGAACUCUGAGGCGAAGUCGGCACCGGAGUGCGCAACAUACGCAUGCAUGGUGGGGGCGCUGUGCAGCGAGGGGAGGUUGUCAGAGGCGGAGGACGUGUUCUACGAGGGGGUAAAGCGCAAGAAGGUGGCAGAUCUGGGCACAGUGCGUAAGCUGGUAGUGGCUCUCAAGGAGGCUGGCAAGGGUCGGGCGGCGAGACGGGUGGUGGUCGGGCUACGCAAGAAGUUCCCUGACCAGUUCGACGGUCCAUGGAAGGAGCUUGAGAAGGAUGCCGGCCUCACACCGGGUGCCAGCAACGAAGAGGAGGAAGUGGAGGAGGACGAGCAGCAGCAGCCAGAGAAGACGGCGGCGGCGGUAUGACCAUUCGCGGCAACAUCUGGAGCUAAUGUUCGGGGGCUCCUCUCGGCCUAGCACUUCGGUGAGAAUUUCAGAGAAAUUGUACAGAAACACGUGUUCAACUCAACUUGAGGAGUGGAGCCAUUCCCACCAACCGCAAGGUUCUUCGAUUGCGAGGAAUGCCCAGCUACUGAAUACCAUGGUUUCGUUACAGCGUAAUGGAAUUUUUCCAUUCAUUCAUCUGUGUGGUUGGAGUCAGUAGAGUGAAACGUAAUGGUUUCCUUUUUGUGUUUGGUUUGGAGAGAUAGAUGGGAUGGAUUUGAUUCAGCCUCGUCCCUAAAUAUGGUUAUUUUCCCCUGUUGAAAAGAAGAAACAUCAUCUGUAAAAAUCAUGGUGAUUGACCCAAGGGAACAGAGAGCUUCAGUGUCA